AUGAAGUUCACCCUCACCCUCCUCACCGGCCUGGUGGCAUCUACAGUAUCUGGCCUCACCAUCCCAAACGCACAACCAGAGACUGGAGCCGGCAUCUCCUCUAGCUCAACCGAUGCACAAAUCAUCAAGUCCACCUGGUCUUCCUGGUACGCCGACGUUGCAACAGUCUCCUACUUCCUCGACAACGUCGCGAGCAAGAAGUACAAAUCACAGACAGCCUACCUAGCCGCAGCACAAGGCGCUCUCGCUGCAGAAACGGGGCAGACUGCAUACCAAAGAGUCCUCAACCAGGAGCUCAGCCAAUACGAAGGCUACAAGGCUUCGAACUCGACUCUAUCUGACGGAACCUGGACCAACGUCAAGAGCUAUCUCGAGCAGCUCACCAAGUUGGACUUCAAGAAGGAUUGCACCAAGAUUCAGGAGAUUGUGAAGAAGAUCAACUACGGUGACGACCAGUACUCUGGACGUUGCAGUGUCAUUUUGCCAGCUAUCGACACAUACUUCGCUCUCGCCUACAAAGCAUUGCUGGACCCACAAACUCCAGGCUACACCGCCGCCGAUAAGGGAUUCAAGAACUGGCAGAAGGCUAUUCGUCCACGCGCAUGUGCAAGCAAGAAGGAGCGUGACUUGUUUGACAUGGAUGUGCAGUCGGUUGAGGACAUUUUGGAGUAA